UAUGUAUAUAUAAUUUCAUACAUACACACUAGAGAGAAAAACGAGAAAUAUAUAUUAUAUAGAAAUAAAUUUAAUUGCUAUCACAAAGACUUUCUUAAAAUAUGGUUAAAAAUGAUCAUUGAAAUUUGUUAGAAAAAAAAAAACAACGCUUGCAAUGCACCAUCUGUAUGUACCAAUCUUUCCUACUAAACAGUUACGUGUAAAAUGUCGAAAAAAUUAUAGCAAAAUCAAUACCUAAUCCUUUUUCAUUAUCAUUAUUCUAAGAAAUAUCAAUGUUAGGAAAUUUAUCUUUCAAUAUUAUUUUAUAUUUCCUAAAAUCUUACAUAUUUCAUUAUCAUUAUCAUUAUUAUUGUAACUAUUAGAAAUGCAAAAAAAUCGAUUAAUCGACGCUUACUAAUCUCUCACAUAUUUUAUUAUUAUUAUCAUUGUUAUAAUCAUCGUAAUCAUUAUCUUAUUAAUUACCAUACAUAAACCAUUGUUAUUGUUAUUAUUAUUGUAAUUAUUAUUUAUGUUAAUAGUAGAAAUGACGGUCCACUUGUUUAGCAAUCUCACACAACAUUUACGAUCAUUUUCCUAUCAUCGUCAUUGUCAUAAUGAAUCAUCACGAAUAUUGAUUAACUAAUACACAAAGCCUUUUAAAUAGAAGAUCAAACUUUUAUCAUGCUUCUAUUUUAUAUCACUGUGAAAAAAAAAGAAAGAAUGAAAGAGAGAAAGAGUUGUAUGAGGCGAAGGGUUUUUAAAUUUAAGAAUUAUGCACACCAUACAACACAUCUUGUAUUUUAAACCUCGAGUAAUAUAAAGAUGUAACAUGUAUGUGUAUAUGUGUAUCAUCUCACAAUCAAUGUCUUUUCAAAACUGAACACACGUUCUCCCUGCUGUUAAAAACAAAAAUUUAUUUAAAAAAUAUUUAUUUUAUUCCAAAAUUAUUUUAAUAUAUUCUAAUAAUAUAUAAAUAAAUUGAUUAGGUAAUCAAUUAAUAUAAUAUUAUGAAUUCAUUUAAACACGUGGAGGAGUACGUGUGUCAUAAUUAAAUCUCAUUAUUACAUAAUUUAAUCUAUUGAUUUAUUUAUUAUUAUAGUUUUAUUUUAUUUAAUAUCAUUAUUCUCUAAUUAUCAUCUUUAACAUAGAAUUUCUAAUGCAUUAGAAACAUAAGAAUCUCUUUGUAAGGAAUGUACAAACAAAAAAUACGUUGCACGUAUGUUAUAAUUGUGAUGUGUAUCGUAAAAGUAUUUAUUAUUAAGAAAUAAUACUUUAGAUUUUUAUUUAAUAUUGUUUCGAAUGAUAACAAUGUCAAGGUAUUGACAUUUUUUAAAUUAUAUUUUAUCUCUUUAAAACAAAUAAAAAUUAAGACGUUUAUCGAUCGUGUUCUGUAAGUUUGAAUUGUAAGAGUAGUUGCAGAAUUUUAUCGCUAGAUGUCUUUGAUAAUACGUUUUAACGGACGAAGAUGGCGCUCUACUCUUCCAAUGAAAUUCAAAUUAUUCGUGGUGUAUACUUUUCGAGGUUUGACAUAACUUUAAGAUGAUAUUUAAAAUAAUGUACAGUGAUUACACGUGAUAAACGAAUCUUAUUUAAUAAAAACCAAUGUUAGGUAUAUAUGUAAAUGUGUAUUUAGGGAAGAAUAAUGUUAUAUGCAUUUUUUAUUACUAAAGAUUUCUAUAAACAUGUAACCUCUAUACUACUAGUCAUAAUGUUCAGUAAACACAUAUACAAAGUUUUAAGUGUGUUAGGUGUUACCUUGCAGUAUGCGUGCAUAACACAUUGUGCGUUUGAAUAUAUUGGCGAAUUUGUAGUGUGUUCGGGUCCAUCUAUGGAACCAACAAUACGCAGCAAGGAUAUAUUAUUUACAGAACAUAUAAGUACAAAAUUAAGAUGGUAUAAGAAAGGUGAUAUUGUUAUUUCUAUAUGCCCUUCAAAUCCUAGACAACAUAUUUGUAAGAGACUUGUAGGCUUACCCGGUGACAGUAUUCGACAUGGAUUUUUUACAUAUACUGUACCAAUUGGACACGUGUGGCUAGAAGGAGAUAAUAGCAGUAAUUCAGCAGAUUCGCGAAUCUACGGGCCAGUUCCGCAAGGAUUACUUCGUGGUCGUGCGAUAUGUAAAAUAUGGCCCUUAUCCGACGUAACACUUUUUACAACGAAAUUAUAGUGUUAUUUUCCCCUUAAAAAAAGAAAACAAGAAGAGGAAAAUUAAACUCUCAACAAAAUAUUCAGCAGGCAACUGUUAUUUUUGACGAAACUUGUGCAAUUAUCGAAUUUGUCUCGAAUAGAAAAAUUAAAAAAUUAAAAAAAAAAAAAAAA